AUUGUUUCAUGUUGACUUUUGUAUUUAACCCCUUUUAAAAGGGGAUGAGCAGCCAGACUUAAAGGAAAAUGAAAAUGACUUUUCCUUUAUAGCAGUAAUGCCAAAUUGCAAUGAUCAUGGACUGUGGUGAAGGGCUACUCCAAAUGAAUCCCAGUAACCAGAGGAAAAAAUAUGGAACUUGUAUCCUUUCCAGUUGCGAACUUUGUAAAGCAAAAGGGAAGGUGACACUAAGAUGAAGUUGCUUUAACUUGUUGGUAAUUGCAAAGCAACGAAGGGAAAACUCUGUGACUUUGAUAGCUAAAAGGCUUUUCAGAGAGAGAUUUCAGCUUUUGUUCUGUGCAACGGUUUUGGUUCAUGUUACUUGAUGUGAUCAAAAAUGAUUUUGUCCUGAAACUUUUCCUGUUCAGGCUGCUUGAGACUGGUUCUUUCUUAUUGCUCAAGCCUCUUGAUCACUGAUGCUGAAGAUGAAGUUACAUAAACCCCAUUCUGCUGAGUUUUGCUUAUCAGACAUUGAAGGUGCUGAUGGGUUGCAGCUCAGAAAGGAACAUGCCCUCAAGAUAUUUGCUUACAUCAAUUCCUGGACACAAAGACAAUGUCUGUGCUGUUUCAAGGAGUAUAAACAUUUGGAGAUCUUUAACCAAGUAGUCUGUGCGCUUAUUAACUUAGUGAUUGCCCAAGUUCAAGCUCUGCGGGACCAGCUCUGUAAACAUUGCACUAUUAAUCUCGAUUCGACAUGGCAAGAUCAGAGUAAUCAUGCUGAUGAGCCCCUGAAUGUAGAAAGAGAGUCUCAUGAAGAAGAAAAUGGAGAUCGGCAAAAAUCUAUAGAGAAAAAAUUAGAUGCUGCAAGAACUUGUAUCCUGACAGAGGAGGAGUCUGCAAAGAACACCGAUGCUUUUAGCUUAUGGAGCACUGAUGAGAAGGAAAAGUUGUUGCUGUGUGUGGCAAAAAUCUUUCAGAUUCAGUUUCCUCUGUACACUGCUUAUAAGCAUAAUACUCAUCCCACAAUAGAGGAUAUUUCUGCUCAAGAAAGCAAUAUAUUAGGGGCGUUCUGUGAUAUGAAUGAUGUAGAAGUACCAUUGCACUUGCUUCGUUAUGUUUGUCUGUUUUGUGGCAAAAAUGGCCUUUCCCUCAUGAAGGAUUGUUUUGAAUAUGGAACCCCUGAGACACUGCCAUUUCUUAUAGCACAUGCAUUUAUUACAGUGGUAUCUAAUAUCAGAAUAUGGCUACACAUCCCUGCUGUCAUGCAGCACAUUAUACCCUUUAGGACUUAUGUUAUCAGGUAUUUAUGUAAACUGUCAGACCAGGAGUUGCGACAGAGUGCAGCCCGGAACAUGGCAGAUUUAAUGUGGAGCACAGUGAAAGAACCAUUGGAUACAGCCUUGUGUUUUGAUAAAGAAAGUCUCGAUCUUGCGUUCAAAUACUUCAUGUCUCCAACUCUGACAAUGAGAUUGGCUGGGCUGAGUCAAAUAACAAACCAACUUCAUACCUUCAAUGAUGUGUGUAAUAAUGAGUCAUUAGUUUCAGACACAGAAACGUCAAUUGCAAAAGAGCUUGCAGACUGGCUUAUCAGCAACAAUGUAGUUGAGCACAUUUUUGGACCAAAUUUACAUAUUGAGAUCAUCAAACAGUGCCAAGUGAUUCUGAAUUUUCUUGCAGCAGAAGGGAGACUUAGUACUCAACAUAUAGACUGUAUUUGGGCUGCAGCACAGCUAAAGCAUUGCAGUCGUUACAUACAUGACUUGUUUCCUUCCUUGAUCAAAAACUUGGACCCUGUCCCACUUAGACAUCUUCUUAACCUAGUCUCAACUCUUCAUCCAAGUGCUCACACUGAACAGACCUUGUAUUUGGCCUCAAUGCUUAUAAAAGCACUGUGGAAUAAUGCACUAGCAGCUAAGGCUCAGCUGUCGAAACAAAGCUCUUUUGCAUCUUUGCUGAGUACCAAUCUGCCCAUGGGAAACAAAAAAGAAGAAGAGGAGCUCAGAAGAGCAGCCCCUUCACCUUGGUCACCAGCAGCCAGCCCUCAAAGUAGUGACAACAGUGACACCCAUCAGAGUGGAGGCAGUGAUAUUGAAAUGGAGGAACAGCUUAUUAACAGAACAAAACAUGUACAGCAGCGACUUUCAGAUACAGAGGAAUCCAUGCAAGGAAGCUCUGAUGAGACAGCCAACAGUGGUGAGGAUGGCAGCAGCGGUCCUGGCAGCAGCAGUGGCCACAGUGAUGGAUCCAGUAACGAGGCCAACUCCAGCCAUGCAAGCCAGUCUGCUGGAAGCCCUGGCAGCGAGGUGCAGUCUGAAGACAUUGCAGAUAUUGAAGCUCUCAAAGAGGAGGAGGAUGAAGAGGAAGAAGAUAGGAGUCAUAAUCCCCAGAAAAGCAGUAGGAGCACAGAUCUACAAAGCAGGAAACUGGAAUCACAAACAGGCAUUUGCCUGGGAGAUUCACAAGGGGCAUCGGAGAGGAGUGGUGCAAAUAAUGGGGCAGGAAAGGACCACGUUUUUAACACUGACUCUGUGACACCAGUGGAUAAUCGAAUUAGAAUGUUAGAUGCUUGUUCUCAUGCUGAGGAUGCAGAGCAUGACAUGACAGGGGAAAUGAGCACUGCUCACAUUUCACAAGGGUCUCAAGAUUCUUGUAUAACUCACACAGGGGACUUCCUUGGGGAAACUAUUGGAAAUGAAUUAUUUAACUGUCGACAGUUCAUUGGGCCACAGCAUCACCACCACCACCAUCACCACCACCAUCACCAUGACGGGCACAUGGUUGAUGAUAUGCUAAGUGCAGAUGAUGUCAGUUGCAGUAGUUCGCAGGUCAGUGCAAAAUCAGAGAAAAAUAUGGCUGAUUUUGAUGGGGAAGAGUCUGGCUGUGAAGAAGAGCUCGUACAGAUCAAUUCACAUGCUGAGCUAACAUCUCAUCUUCAGCAGCACCUUCCCAACCUUGCCUCUAUUUAUCAUGAACAUCUUAGUCAAGGACCAGCAGUUCAUAAACAUCAAUAUAACAGCAAUGCAGUGACGGACAUUAAUUUGGAUAAUGUUUGUAAGAAAGGAAAUACCCUUUUGUGGGAUCUGGUCCAGGAUGAAGAUGCAAUUCAUCUCUCUGAAGGGUUAAUAAAUGAAGCAGAGAAGCUGCUCUGUUCUUUAGUGUGCUGGUUCACUGACAGACAGAUUCGAAUGAGAUUUAUUGAAGGCUGCUUAGAAAAUUUAGCAAACAACAGAUCAGUAGUAGUUUCACUUCGUCUUCUUCCAAAGCUGUUUGGUACGUUUCAACAAUUUGGGAGCAGUUAUGAUACACAUUGGAUAACAAUGUGGGCAGAAAAGGAACUUAAUAUGAUGAAACUUUUCUUUGAUAAUUUGGUACACUACAUUCAGGCAGUCAGGGAAGGACGACAUAAACAUGCAUUGUACAGCCACAGUGCAGAGGUUCAGGUUCGUCUUCAAUUCCUGACAUGUGUGUUUUCAACUCUAGGAUCACCCGAUCAUUUCAGGUUGAGUUUAGAACAAGUGGACAUACUGUGGCACUGCUUAGUAGAAGAUUCUGAAUGUUACGACGAUGCACUACACUGGUUCUUAAAUCAAGUGCGAAGUAAAGAUCAGCACGCUAUGGGUAUGGAGACUUACAAGCAUCUUUUUUUGGAAAAGAUGCCACAACUAAAACCUGAAACUAUUAGUAUGACUGGCCUGAACCUCUUCCAGCAUUUGUGUAAUUUGGCUCGAUUAGCAACUAGUGCAUACGAUGGUGGCUCAAACUCAGAGUUGUGUGGCAUGGACCAGUUCUGGGGUAUUGCUUUGAGAGCACAGUCUGGUGAUGUCAGUCGAGCAGCCAUCCAGUAUAUCAACUCUUACUACAUCAAUGGUAAAACUGGUCUGGAAAAAGAACAGGAAUUUAUUAGCAAGUGUAUGGAGAGUCUGAUGAUAGCUUCUAGUAACCUUGAGCAAGACUCUCAUUCGAGUCUGACCAUUAUUGAAAGAGGACUCUUAAUGCUGAAGACACACCUGGAAGCUUUUAGGAGAAGGUUUGCAUAUCACCUGAGACAGUGGCAGAUUGAAGGCACUGGGAUCAGCAGUCACUUGAAAGCCCUGAGUGACAAACAGUCACUACCACUGAGAAUUGUAUGUCAGCCAGCUGGGCUUCCUGACAAGAUGACUAUAGAAAUGUAUCCGAGUGAUCAGGUGGCUGAUCUACGGGCAGAAGUCACCCACUGGUAUGAAAAUUUGCAGAAGGAGCAGAUAAAUCAACAAGCACAGCUUCAGGAGUUCGGCCAAAGCAGCCGCAAAGGGGAAUUCCCUGGCGGCCUCAUGGGACCUGUGAGAAUGAUUUCAUCUGGGCAUGAACUGACAACUGAUUAUGAUGAAAAAACACUUCAUGAAUUGGGCUUUAAGGAUAUGCAGAUGGUGUUUGUAUCUCUGGGUGCACCAAGGAGAGAACGUAAGGGUGAAGGUGUUCAGCUUCCAGCAUCCUGCCUACCUCCUCCUCAGAAGGACAACAUUCCAAUGCUUUUACUCCUGCAAGAACCUCAUCUUACCACCCUUUUUGAUUUGUUAGAGAUGCUUGCCUCUUUCAAGCCUCCUUCUGGAGAAGUGGCUAUGGAAGAUAGUGAGAGUGCAAGGUGUGAGGAACUCCAUCUCCAUGCAGAAAACUUAUCCAGACGAGUCUGGGAGCUGUUAAUGCUUCUGCCAACGUGCCCUAAUAUGUUGCAGGCAUUCCAGAAUAUUUCAGAUGAGCAGGGUAAUGAUGGCUUUAGCUGGAAGGAUCUUCUGCGAAUAAAAAGUGCCCAUAAACUUUUGUAUGCCCUGGAAAUUAUUGAAGCUUUGGGAAAGCCCAACAGGAGAAUAAGACGCGAAUCUACGGGAAGUUACAGUGAUCUUUACCCAGACUCUGAUGACUCGAGUGAAGAUCAGAUAGAAAAUAGUAAAAACACGUGGAGCUGCAAGUUUGUUGCUGCUGGAGGGCUCCAACAGUUACUAGAAAUUUUCAAUUCUGGAAUCCUCGAGCCUAAAGAACAAGAAUCGUGGACUGUGUGGCAGCUAGACUGUCUUGCUUGCUUGCUGAAGCUGAUAUGCCAGUUUGCAGUUGAUCCUUCAGAUCUGGAUUUAGCUUACCACGAUGUCUUUGCCUGGUCUGGUGUAGCAGAGAGUCACAGGAAGAGAACAUGGCCAGGCAAAUCAAGGAAGACUGCAAGUGACCAUGCAAAGGGCCUUCACAUACCUCGUUUAACAGAGGUGUUUCUUGUACUUGUCCAGGGAACCAGUUUGAUUCAGCGACUUAUGUCAGUUGCUUAUACAUAUGACAACUUGGCACCUAGGGUGCUGAAAGCUCAGUCUGAUCACAGAUCAAGACAUGAAGUCACUCAUUACUCAAUGUGGCUCUUGGUGAGUUGGGCUCACUGCUGUUCCCUGGUGAAAUCCAGUCUGGCAGACAGCGAUCAUUUGCAAGACUGGCUGAAGAAACUUACUCUUCUUAUUCCAGAGACUGCUGUUCGCCACGAGUCUUGCAAUGGUUUGUACAAGUUAUCUCUCUCUGGUCUGGAUGGAGGAGACUCAAUUAAUCGAUCCUUUUUGCUGCUGGCUGCAUCAACGUUAUUAAAGUUUCUCCCUGAUGCUCAAGCUCUGAAACCAAUCCGGAUAGAGGAUUAUGAAGAAGAAGCAGUGCUGCGACCAGGUUGUAAGGAAUAUUUUUGGCUGCUGUGCAAACUGAUUGAUAACAUACACGUCAAAGAUGCAAGUCAGACAACACUGCUUGAUUUAGAUGCACUAGCAAGACAUCUCGCUGACUGCAUUCGAAGCAGAGAAAUCCUUGAUCAUCAAGAUGGCAACAUAGAAGAUGAUGGACUUACAGGACUACUUCGCCUUGCAACAAGUGUUAUUAAGCACAAACCACCAUUUAAAUUUUCUCGUGAAGGCCAGGAGUUUCUGAGAGACAUCUUCAAUCUUCUGUUCUUGCUGCCAAGUUUGAAAGACAGGCAACAGCCAAAAUGCAAGUCACAUUCUUCAAGGGCUGCUGCUUAUGACUUGUUGGUAGAAAUGGUAAAGGGGUCCGUGGAAAACUACAGGCUGCUCCACAACUGGGUUAUGGCACAGCACAUGCAGUCUUCCCAUGCACCUUACAAGUGGGAUUAUUGGCCACACGAUGACGUUCGUGCUGAAUGCAGGUUUGUGGGUCUAACUAAUCUUGGAGCAACGUGUUACUUGGCAUCCACCAUUCAGCAACUGUACAUGAUACCAGAGGCCAGACAAGCAAUAUUUACUGCAAAGUAUUCAGAAGAUAUGAAACACAAGACCACUCUACUAGAACUCCAGAAAAUGUUUACAUACUUAAUGGAAAGUGAGUGUAAGGCAUACAAUCCAAGGCCUUUCUGUAAAACCUACACCAUGGAUAAGCAGCCACUGAACACGGGAGAGCAGAAAGAUAUGACGGAAUUCUUCACUGACCUAAUAACAAAAAUAGAAGAAAUGUCGCCAGAGCUGAAAAACACAGUGAAAAGUUUGUUUGGAGGUGUUAUCACAAACAAUGUUGUUUCUUUGGACUGUGAGCAUGUAAGUCAGACUGCUGAGGAGUUCUAUACAGUAAGAUGCCAGGUAGCAGAUAUGAAGAAUAUUUAUGAAUCUCUUGAUGAAGUAACUAUUAAAGAUACCUUGGAAGGUGACAACAUGUAUACAUGUUCACAUUGUGGGAAGAAAGUGCGGGCUGAAAAAAGGGCAUGUUUUAAGAAACUACCUCGGAUCUUAAGCUUCAACACAAUGAGAUACACGUUUAAUAUGGUAACCAUGAUGAAGGAGAAAGUCAAUACACAUUUUUCAUUCCCCUUACGUUUGGAUAUGACACCUUACACUGAAGAUUUCCUCAUGGGAAAAAAUGACAGAAAAGAAGGUUUCAAGGAAGAUGGUGGAUAUCUGAAAGAAACUGAAAGUUAUGAAUACGAUCUGAUAGGUGUAACGGUUCACACAGGAACAGCAGAUGGUGGGCAUUACUACAGUUUUAUCAGAGAUAUAGUCAAUCCCCACGCUUACAAAAACAACAAAUGGUAUCUUUUCAAUGAUGCCGAAGUGAAACCAUUUGAUUCUGCCCAGCUUGCUUCAGAAUGUUUUGGUGGAGAAAUGACAACAAAAACUUACGAUUCUGUUACUGAUAAAUUUAUGGACUUCUCCUUUGAAAAGACACACAGUGCUUACAUGCUGUUUUAUAAGCGGAUGGAACCAGAGGAGGAAAAUGGCAAAGACUACAAAUUUGAUGUUUCAUCAGAAUUGCUGGAGCUAUUUUUCUUCAGUGGGAUAUGGCAUGAUAACAUGCAGUUUCUUCAAGACAAGAACAUUUUUGAACAUACAUAUUUUGGGGUUAUGUGGCAGUUGUGUAGUAGCAUCCCAAGCACCUACCAGAUCAAAGCGGUUUCCCUGAUGACGCAAAAGUAAUUAAGCACUUCCUUUGUGCUAGAGACAUUUAUUCAUUCAAAGGAAAAGCCUACAAUGCUUCAGUGGAUUGAACUGUUAACAAAACAGUUUAAUAACAGUCAGGCAGCUUGUGAAUGGUUUUUGGAUCGUAUGGCUGAUGAUGAUUGGUGGCCAAUGCAGAUUCUAAUAAAGUGUCCCAAUCAGAUUGUGAGACAGAUGUUCCAGCGUUUGUGUAUUCAUGUGAUACAGAGACUGAGGCCAGUGCAUGCGCAUCUCUAUCUCCAGCCAGGAAUGGAAGACUGUUCGGAUGACAUGGAUGGUCCUGUGGAGGACAUCGGCAGUCGCUCUUGUGUGACACGCUUUGUGAAGACGCUCUUGUCAAUCAUGGAGCACGGUGUGAAGCCUCACAGUAAACAUCUCACAGAAUACUUUGCCUUUCUUUAUGAAUUUGCCAAAAUGGGAGAAGAGGAAAGCCAGUUCUUGCUUUCACUGCAAGCCAUAUCCACAAUGGUCCAUUUCUACAUGGGAACUAAAGGACCUGAAAAUCCACAGGUUGAAGUACUUUCUGAGGAAGAAGGGGAGGAAGAAGAGGAAGAGGAAGAUAUACUUUCUCUAGCAGAAGAAAAAUACAGGCCUGCUGCACUGGAAAAGAUGAUCGCCCUGAUCGCUCUCCUAGUCGAACAGUCUCGCUCAGAAAGGCAUUUGACCCUGUCACAAAACGACAUGGCAGCAUUAACAGGAGGAAAGGGUUUUCCUUUUUUGUUUCAACAUAUCCGUGAUGGUAUCAACAUCAGGCAAACUUGCAAUCUCAUUUUCAGUUUGUGUCGGUACAAUAAUCGACUCGCAGAACAUAUUGUGUCCAUGCUUUUCACAUCUAUAGCAAAGUUGACUCCUGAGGCAGCCAAUCCUUUCUUCAAAUUGCUGACCAUGCUCAUGGAGUUUGCUGGUGGACCUCCAGGAAUGCCACCCUUUGCUUCUUACAUUCUGCAGAGGAUAUGGGAGGUCAUUGAAUACAACCCAUCUCAGUGCCUGGAUUGGCUGGCUGUGCAAACACCUCGAAACAAACUAGCUCACAGCUGGGUGCUGCAAAACAUGGAAAACUGGGUGGAACGUUUUCUUCUGGCACACAACUAUCCUAGAGUCAGAACUUCUGCAGCCUAUCUCUUGGUGUCGCUUAUUCCAAGCAAUUCCUUCCGUCAGAUGUUCCGAUCGACCCGCUCUUUGCACAUCCCUACCCGCGACCUGCCCCUCAGCCCAGAUACCACAGUAGUUCUUCAUCAAGUCUACAACGUGCUUCUUGGCCUUCUUUCAAGAGCUAAGCUAUAUGUCGAUGCUGCUGUUCAUGGCACCACAAAACUUGUGCCCUACUUCAGUUUCAUGACAUAUUGUUUGAUCUCCAAAACUGAGAAACUCAUGUUUUCUACGUACUUCAUGGACUUAUGGAACCUUUUCCAGCCUAAACUUUCUGAGCCGGCUAUAGCCACCAACCACAACAAACAAGCUUUGCUGUCUUUUUGGUACAACGUGUGUGUCGACUGUCCAGAGAACGUCCGCCUUAUUGUACAGAACCCCGUGGUGACAAAGAACAUUGCCUUCAAUUACAUCCUCGCAGACCAUGAUGAUCAGGAUGUGGUGCUCUUCAACCGUGGGAUGCUGCCUGCCUACUAUGGCAUCCUGCGCCUCUGCUGCGAGCAGUCCCCUGCGUUCACGAGGCAGCUGGCUUCACACCAGAAUAUCCAGUGGGCCUUCAAGAACCUCACGCCACACGCCAGUCAGUACCCAGGAGCAGUAGAAGAGCUGUUUAACCUCAUGCAGCUGUUUGUAGCUCAGAGACCAGACAUGAGAGAAGAGGAGAUAGAAGACAUCAAGCAAUUUAAGAAAACAACCAUAAGCUGUUACCUGCGCUGCUUGGAUGGACGGUCUUGUUGGACAACUUUAAUAAGUGCCUUCAGAAUAUUAUUAGAAUCUGAUGAAGACAGACUUCUUGUUGUGUUCAAUAGAGGAAUUUCCCUGAUGACUGAGUCCUUCAACACGUUGCACAUGAUGUACCACGAGGCCACAGCUUGCCAUGUGACUGGAGACCUGGUAGAACUUCUGUCUAUUUUCCUUUCGGUUCUUAAGUCCACACGUCCAUAUCUUCAAAGAAAAGAUGUGAAGCAAGCUCUCAUUCAGUGGCAGGAGCGAAUUGAAUUUGCCCAUAAGCUCUUAACUCUGCUGAAUUCCUACAGUCCUCCAGAGCUUCGGAAUGCUUGUAUCGAUGUCCUCAAGGAGCUUGUACUUUUAAGUCCUCAUGAUUUCCUACAUACUCUGGUUCCAUUUCUACAGCACAAUCAUUGUACAUACCACCACAGUAAUAUCCCAAUGUCUCUUGGACCUUAUUUUCCAUGUCGUGAAAAUUUGAAAUUAAUAGGGGGAAAAAGCAAUAUUCGUCCUCCACGUCCUGAACUUAACAUGUGCCUCUUGCCCACCAUGGUGGAAGCCAGCAAGGGCAAAGAUGAUGUUUACGAUCGUAUGCUGCUAGACUACUUCUUUUCUUAUCAUCAGUUCAUCCACCUACUCUGUCGAGUUGCAAUCAACUGUGAAAAGUUUACUGAAACUUUAGUUAAAAUGAGUGUCCUAGUUGCAUAUGAAGGUUUGCCACUUCACCUUGCGCUAUUCCCCAAGCUUUGGACUGAGCUUUGUCAGACUCAGUCCCCGAUGUCGAAGAACUGUGUGAAGCUCCUCUGUGAAGAUCCGGUUUUUGCAGAGUAUAUAAAAUGCAUUCUGAUGGAUGAAAGGACCUUUCUUAACAACAACAUAGUGUACACCUUUCUGACCCACUUCCUUCUCAAGGUCCAGGGGCAGGUGUUUUCUGAAGCAAACUGUGCCAACUUAAUCAACACUCUAAUUACAAACCUAAUUAAUCAGUAUCAAAGCCUAGAAUCUGACUUCAGCAACCAGAGAGUUGAAAUUUCCAAAGCAAGCUCUACUUUAAACGGGGACCUCCGAGCACUUGCCUUGCUGCUUUCGGUGCACACUCCCAAACAGCUCAAUUCAGCCCUGAUUCCAACCUUACAAGAGCUUUUGAGCAAAUGUAGAGCUUGUCAACAACAGAGGAACUCACUACAAGAGCAAGAAGCCAAAGAAAGAAAAACUAAAGAUGAUGAAGGAGCUACUCCUGUGAAGAGGCGGCGGGUGAGCAGCGACGAGGAGCACACUGUAGAUAGCUGUAUCAGUGACAUAAAAACUGAACCCCGGGAGGCCUUGACCCCAACGAGCACUUCGGAUAACGAGACACGGGACUCUUCCAUCAUCGACCCGGGCACUGAGCAAGAUCCUCCUUCCCCCGAGAACAGUUCUGUCAAAGAGUACAGAAUGGAAGUUCCAUCUUCAUUUUCAGAAGACAUGAUGUUAGCGACGCGGCCGCAGCACGCGGACGAGCAGGCAGGAAACGGUAAAUUUGAAGAAUGCAAAGAGUUUAAAGACCUGCAAACUUCCAAGGAUCCCAUUGGAGCCGAGGAGGACGCGGAGUUUCCCUCCACAUCGAUUUCAGCGGUUUUAUCCGACCUCGCAGAUCUGAGAGGCUGUGAUGGUCAAGCCUUACCAUCCCAGGACCCCGAAACUAGUUUAUCAAUCAGUUGUGGCCAUUCCAGAGGACUCUUUAGUCACAUGCCGCAGCAUGACAUUUUAGACAUCCUGUGUAGGACCAUUGAGUCUACGAUUCACGUGGUCACAAGGAUAUCUGGAAAAGGAAACCAAGCUGCUUCUUGACAUUAGAUGGAGCAUGUCUGCUUUUAAGUCUUUCUUUUAUUUUUCUCUCCUUCCUUCCUUCCCCCUUUCCCCCCCCCCGCCCCAAAAAAUGCUGUUUGUAUAAGUUUUGCUUAUUUCUGUUUUUGUGCUUCAGUUUGUCCAGUGCUCUCUGCUUGAAUGGCAAGAUAGAUUUAUAUGCUUCCUUCUUGGUCAGGCAGAACUCAAGAUUUGGGUUGGUUUUUCUUUUUUCAUUUGAUUUUCUUUUUUCUUUUGCAUCUACCGUACACUUUCUUAAAGGGCAAUCAGAUAAUGGGUAUGUUUUAUGUAAUUAAGAGUUCACUGUAGUGGCUUUCAUUUAAUAUUGGCUGUCUGGGAGAACAGGGCCUCCUGGCCCUGGAUGAUGUAAUUUAAACUUAUGGCAUUUUUACUGUGUAUAAUAUGGUGUCCUCUGUGCCAGUUUUGUACCUUAUAAUAGAGGCAGAUUGCCUCAGAUCGCUGUGGUUCUUAUUAUCAAAAAUUAAGUUUACUUGUAUACUAAACAACCACAAGAAAUUUGAUUCUGUAAAGAAUCCUCUUUAGCUGUGGCCUGGCAGUAUAUAUAUGGUGCUUUAUUUAACAGAAUACCUGUGGAGGAAAUAAAGCACACUUGAUGUAAAAUUAAUUGUUUUAUUUUUAUUGACAUGAUCAAUUGCUAUUCUGUGCACUUCAUUAAACUGAUUGUGAUGACUUUUCAUUUGUUUAUAAUAUGUGGCUUCAGUCUUUGGAUUUCCCAGCAAAGACAACUUGAGAACUGAAACGGCUGCAGAGAGGAAUGAUGAUCAGUUGUAUAUAAUCGAUGUAAAUCUUGGUCCUCUUCUGGUUUACUUUGCAUGGAUGUUCAGUCACACAGUUGAGAGGGACUGGUGGUUGUUUGCUUUCUCCCCCCUAUGUUGGAACAUGAAGAGGUGCAGAAGCCAGUGGAACUUUUCAUUUCCCUAACUCUGACCUGUGUUAGCCAUGUUUUAUUCCUGCACCAUCCAUAGACUUGCUUCCUUUUCCCCUCUACCUGCUGCCCAGGGGCCUGCUCCCUCUGGCUGUUGCUUUCUUGAUGGCUUCUGCACCCCUCAAAUGCUGGAAUGACUUUAUCAUCUCUCCCUGUCCCACUUCCUCCUGUGAUUUCCGAGCAAUAUCCAUUAUUUCCUAUGUGACUUUUCAGACUGUCAAUGAUACUGGUUUUAAUAUCUGAUUAAACUCCAUUUUCAGCUUCAUUUUCCAGUUGCUUAGCUCAUUUGUUUCUCUAUUGUCUUCAUAAUACAUCUAUCUGGGCCUUUUUUCUUCCAAAUUCCUUCAUUCUACCAUUUAAUGUAGUUGAGCAUCAUUUGCCUCUCCACGAUUCUAUUAUGUGAUGCUUUUGUGACUCCUCUUACUCUCCUUGAAUCUACUCUCCAUAUUUUUAACCUUCUGCAAGUAAUAAUUUGUCUUUAAAGUUUACACUUGAUAUUCCCCUUGAUUAGCACUUUUACUCCUGCAGUUACACACUGUAUUGAUGCUGGUGAGUAGUUAAGUUGGUCUUCUUGUUAUUGAGACAAGUAAUUAUGGUUUCACUCCCUUUAGGAGUAAUUUUAUUACUGUUUCUGAUCAACCUCUUCAUAGAUGGUAACUUCAGAGAAAUCAUUCUGCUCAAAGCUUCUCCGUAACAAGUUUCAGAGUUCAUCUGUCAAGUCUUCUACCAAACCUCCUAAUUCGCGGUUGGAUUAAGGUGCGUGUAGGAAGAUACCUUCAAGAUACACCUUCAAGAGAUGGAGCAGCCAUUCUAACCCUUUGAAAUUGAACUUCCAGGUUGGCAAUACAACACUAGUGUCAGCUACAUACUGUGAGGAUGGGAAGAACGCAGGAAUGCUGCUGAAGGAAAAAGAAAUCACAUCCCUUUUUUUGGCUGCAAGGACAGCCCUACCAGCAGGAUGGAAGGGUAGGUACUUCAUGGGUUUAACAUAAGAAGCUUGUACAUGUUAUCAGUCCUACAGCAGGGAACAAGAACACUGAAGAAGACAUGUCCAGUUCCCUGCCCAUCCUUGACCCUCCCAGCAGCCACUGCCGCAGUUCUCUGGGGGCUUUGGCAGUCCCACCCCUGAAGUGAGUGGAGCGACACUGGAUGCACAAGUAAGUCACUUCUUUAACACCCAUGGUCAGCAGUUGGUGCAGCUGAAUACUGAGGAAGGACACAAGAGAAUUGAGACUAGCAAAACAUACGAGGUGUGGGCACUUGUGACCCAAAGGUGGAAGGGCUUUCCUAGGCAGGAGAGCUGGCAAGGAAUAUUUCCCAGAGAAGUGUAGGAUACCUGUAGUUACAUGUAACAGCCCACUCUCAGAUACUGAAUUGUCACAAAAUGGGUCAUUACACAAAAAGCUGUUCAGCCUGAUCUGUCUUAAACCUAGAUUUUCUAUUUUUAUUUAAAGGUUCCUUCCAUCAACCAACACUCUAAAUCACUUUUGUAUUCCAGAUGUUAGGCUCCUUGUCCUUGAAUGUUUAUUACAAAAGGUUACUAAAUUCUGAGCGUGCAGAAAGAUGCCAAAACAUGCCCCUUCUCAAGAGGCUGUUUUCUACCCUCUAUCUGGACACCUGCAACACCAGCAACACAACACUUAGUAACCAAUUCGUGCAUCUACUUUGUGACUAUGGGGUGUUCAUUUGUGUUACUACAGCAAACCUCACUGAAGUGCACAGGGGAUGAUAACUGACUGCAAACCUUCCAGGGAAAACUUUGCCCGUGGAAAAGAGCAGCACAUCUCUACCUCCUGGGUGAUGUGAGGUUAUGGGUGGUUGCCAUAUGCUGGUGUCCUGUAAAAAUGAAGUAUGUAGGACUUGACUUAAACUUCUACGCAGACUCAUUUAGUUUGGCAGUAUCAGUUAAUGGAGAAAACAAACUGCAUGUAAAAUAACAUUUUAUUGAGUCAAUCACAUUUUCCAAAGGCAGUUUGCCCCUUUUUUUUGGUCAAUUUGUUUCAAAUUGCAUACUUAAUUCAUAGACUUUUUAUAAAGCAUUUGAGAAUUAAGUUAUCCUUGCUAACCUCAACGUAAGAGUAACAAUUCUUUACUUCCAGUAGCCCAGCUACGCUCCUGUCCCAUUUCUCCAACAAAGAGUUGCUCACUUUAAUCUGAGCUACAGCAUUGCAGAGGCCCAUAAAUGACUGGAGGGGAAGGGUCACAGGAUUGCAAAAGGAAAGCAUUAUUAUUGUUGGUUUCUUCCAAAGGAAAUUUCACGCUGAGGUCAAGUAAGUGCAUGCAGACUUACCAGUGGUACCUGUUGUACCCACCACAACAUGGCGUUGGUAAUGACCUUUCCCUAAUAUUUUCUACAGAAUUAGAAACAAAUUCAGUUUGCAGUUAAAGCCAUUUUAAGAAGUAUUUCAAGAUGCUGUAAAUGAAAUCCCUCCCAGCAGUUUUAUAAUCCCUUCUAGUUCACCUCUGAUGGGGACCCAGUGUCCUCGAGGGAUUUAAGUUUGCCACUGGAUACACUGAAUAGUAAAGAACAGCAAAUGUUUCCUACUGAUUCAUGUCACUUACCUACCUCCCAUGGUGCUUCACUGCAGCUGAAUUGUUACUACUUUAGAUUUAGUUGCAAGCAAGCAGAAGAGAGAUUGGUUUCCCCCAGUAAAGCUGUUUACAGACAGUCUGCAUUACGUGCCUCCUCAUUCACUAAAAAUCCAUAAAUAAUGCUUAAAUUAUGUACAGUAUCAGAGAAGUGGGUCUUUGUUCUUCCCACAAAUAAAUUACUUCUUUUAAAAAACGAAAUGUUAACAAAGUAUAAAAAGUAAUGCCCUAACAAAACUACAGUGCUCUUAUCAUUCCAUGUUGUCUUUGGAUUGCUGGAGUAAAAUAUGUAUUUCUUCAAAAUACUGCUGCUUCCAACAUUGUCUUGUGCUGUCUUCACUAGAGAUGGGAACUCCUUUGCACUCUAACUGCAGUUCUGUUUGAGUAGCCAGAUCCUGGAAAUUCAAGGCUACCACUGCAUAAUGUUCUGGGGGAAGAAAAUAAGACAUUUCAAUAAAGUGGUUUUUAAAGGA